AACCACUAUUUGAUGUGCGUCCGUGAUACAUCCCAUAUGGCAUAUCCUAUCCCAUAAUAGGAUCCCUAGCCUAGAAGGGCCUGCAGCCAGAAGCCUGUGCCGUGUACUUUUACCUGUUUGAAGUUAUUAAAACAUAGAGAUUAGUGAUUUUUGCACGUAUACGUUUCUUGAGUUAUAGAUAAUCUAUUAUCAAUAUUUAGAUUUUAUUGUUGUGAUAACAAUGACAUAUUUGAGUUCAUGGGAAGAAUUUGAAAAAGGUGCUGAAAGGUUAUACCUACACGAUCCGAUAAACACUCGAUAUACAAUGAAAUAUUGUCACAACAAAGGACUUUUAUGUUUAAAAUUAACAGACAAUCGACGGUGUCUUCAAUAUAGAACAGAAAUAGCUCAAGAUUUAAAAAAAAUGGAAAAAUUUAUAGGUAAUCUCAUGAGACACAUGGCAUCGAAAGAUAGUUAAAUAAGCAAGGUUUAUGUAUAGAAAUGUGUUGAUCAUUGAGUAUAUAUCAAAACAUAUUUUUAUUUAACAAAAUUUUCCUCUCGUCUCGUAAGAUUUAACAACUGCACGGUCCAUGGAGAGAUAUUAAAUUUGUUUUAGGUAUGAAACUUUCUUAAAUAUACAAUAUAUGAUAACUGUGAAA